GAGUUUGGAAGACAAAAGACAUGUUUACCAUUUGAGUUUGCUCUCUUGACUGUCGGAGUGUUUCAGGUGUUCUGCUCGUUUACUGUUUGCUACAAAUAUGGAGGAAGUCUCACCAACCACAGAAGAUUACUGGGUCUUUGACUAUGACGGUGUCACCUGGUCCCCGAACGCGAGCAGGAGUCAUGCAGCCCCGUGCUUACAGGAGGACAGCUACACUUUUGCACAGAGAUACUCGCCAGUUGUUUACGUUAUGGUGUUCCUCCUGGCUUUAGUGGGCAACGUGCUAGUGCUGUGUGUGAUCCGACGCUACAGGAACUCUCACAGUGGAGGAGCCUGUGCCUUCUCUCUGACGGACACCUUCCUCCUUCACCUGGCCAUCUCUGACCUCCUGCUGGCCUUCACCCUGCCCCUGUUUGCGGUGCAGUGGGCUAGCCAGUGGGUGUUUGGCUUGGCUGUUUGCAAGAUCUCCGGUGCCCUCUUCUCCCUGAACCGCUACAGUGGCAUCCUUUUCCUGGCCUGCAUCAGCUUUGACCGUUACCUGGCCAUCGUUCACGCUGUCAGCUCUGGCUGGAAGCGCAACACCUGCCAUGCCCAGAUUGCCUGCACCCUCAUCUGGGUGGUCUGCCUGGGCCUGAGUGGAAUAGACAUCACCUUUAAACAGGUGGUGGAGGUGAACACUGUGGGACACGAGAAGGUGCUCAUGUGCCAGUUGUGGUUCCCUGAGAACACCCAGUGGCAGGUGGGGCUGCAGCUGGUCAGCCUGAUUCUGGGGUUUGGGCUCCCCUUGUUGAUCAUGCUCUACUGCUACAUCCGCAUCUUCAGGUCUCUCUGCAACGCCACUCGCCUCCAAAAGCGCAAGUCUCUCAGCCUCAUCGUCUCCUUAGUGUCGGUGUUUGUUAUCUGCUGGGCGCCGUACAACUGCUUCCAGCUGGCAGAUAGUCUGCACAGGCUGGGCAUUGUGAUGGGAGGUUGCCAGUUUGGCUAUGUAGUGGACAUUGGGACUCUGAUCACUGAAAGCGUGGGGCUGUCGCACUGCGCCCUAAACCCUCUGCUGUACGGCUUUGUGGGGGUGAAGAUCAGGAGGGAGCUGAUCAGAAUGUGUAAGGGGCUGCUGGGGCAGAGAGGCCUCCUGGGGAUGGAGGGAUGGAGGGAGAGAAGGCUCAGAAAAACCACCAGAUCUUUCAGCUCUGCAGAAAGCGAAGUCACCUCUUUCUCGGUUAUGGUGUGAGGUUAGAGCGACAGGAAGAGGGGUGUGUGUGUGUGUGUGUGUGUGUGUGUGUGUGUGUGUGUGUGUGUGUGUGUGUGUGUGUGUGUGUGUGUGUGUGUGUGUUUGUUUGUGUAUGUGCGUGUGUGUAAGUGCGUGAAAGAAAAGUAGAAAGGAAAAAAAAAUUCAGCUUACUCAUGAAUUUAAAAAUGUUCUCAGAAGGAAACGUGAUAUUUCUUUGUAUGGUGCAGCUUCCAACAUUUAUUCAGUCAUGUCUUCUGCUUCUCAAUAAGACUGAAGUAAAAUCCUUAAGUGAGCCACUUCCCACACGUUAAUGUUGCUGUCAUGCAACUUGUUGCCCGUGCUCAUCAUAUUCAUAUCUCACAUCCUCACACACACACACACACACACACACACACACACACACACACACAGAUUCCACUCUGAUCGUUUGUAGCAUAGAACAAGUUUCAGCUUUCAUUUCCCAUUUUUUCAGGAUACAUAUACAGCUGUUCUCUCACCUGUGUGCUUCAAAACUGUGCAAAAGAGGAAAUGUAUAAAGAUUUUCAUAAUAAAUAUUUUGGAAUAAAAAUAAAGUGUCAAGUUCA